AUGAGCCGCACAGAUAAUUUUCUGACGGUUGAGAGAGUAAAAGCAUAUCAUCGUCACAAGGAUGAGAAGGGAAAAGCAAGAAAUAAUGUUAAAAGGAAAAGUGCUCUUUAUGCUCUUCGCCAACAAAUAACUCUGCAAUUAAAUGUCAUUCAUAUCGAAAGCCGACAUAGACCUGUCAGAUCCUUAAUGUUCAGAUCCGUACUCACAAAAAAUUUCGUGUAUUUCGCGAAUGGAUUUAUGGGCACUUCAACAAUGUCGGCAGAAACAAUGGCAUUAACAGCGAUCAUAAAUAAUAAAAGAUACAUUUUCGGUUGUGUAAUACGAAAAUUUAAAUUGCCUCUUGAAUGCGGCUCCCUCCUGAAGCCUCAAGUCGUCGUUUUUAAUCUCACUUUGAGACGUUUAUUAGCCGAGAAGGGAAGACUCAAGUAUGAAAUUACCCAUUCCGACACUACAAACGAACCCGAGGAUGAAAAUUAA